UCGAACAGGCGCAGUUGUUCAACAUACAAAGAUCAAGCUCUGCCACAUCUGGAGCUUCAUCAAGGAUUGCCGAAGUUUCUUUUCUCGCACUUCAUAAACUUUUAAACUUAGAGCUUAGAGAAUGGAGGGUGACCGCAACGACUUGAGGAAUAGCACCCUCACACUGUACUAUCAGCAGCGUUCCCAGUCGGCAAGGCCUAUGCCAGCCCGUGUACCUGCUGGACCGGGAGCCCGACUAAUUGGCAGCGUGCAUACACAUGUUUAUGAUGAACGUCCAUCGCUAGCCAAGAUUCCUGGUGCUGGUGGCGAUGGCCCAAGCACCAGCGGGGCGGCGUCGGCCGGCCUUCGAUCCACUGGAGGCAGCUUGUAUAGGACCAAGAAAGUCGUUUACUGGACAGGGCGAGACCACCAUAUUGUGGAUGCCCCGGAUGUGCCGGACUCGCAAUUUGAAUGGCACCCCCCUCACCUCAAGCAAGGGGAUGUCGCGCCUGGACCACAACUGGCAGUACGGGAGACGCCGGGAGCCUCCCGCAUAAAACUCAUCGGGUCUAAGUACAGGUAUCUGCCCACGAUGGAGCCGGGAAGUACCAGUAUGUGGGCUGUCAGUCCGGAGGAGGCAAACCUGUACGGCAGUGUCGGCAGCAACACAUGGGGGGCAAGCGGCAUCGGGGGCCCCCCUACCGGGCCGGAGAAGCCUCGUCCACUGACCGCCGUGGGGCCCUUGGGCGCCCAGCUGGAUAUCUUCUCCAAGCAGCGAGUCAUGGGCUACAAAGACCAUUCUGACAUGACAGAUGUUUCUUUGCUUCUCCUGCCGCUCUGCACGGUGACAUAA